UAUCCGAUUCAAACGAAGACUUCCCGCCGGGAAAUUUCCGCCUUUCCGAUCACCGACCGGCGACUCUUUCCUUCUCCGGCGAUCGCUUCGAGCCAUAACCGUCUUUGUCUCAUUUCGAUUCUGAUUUGCCGAGAGAUCGAUCGUUUGAAUUCGGCGUUGCGAAUUCGGUGUUCGUAGGGAUUGGUUAUUUGGAUUUUAGAGCGAUUGAAUUCUGUGUUUAGAGAUUUUCCAUCCGGUUAAUUUAGAGGGAAAAGGAUCAUCUUUUUGAGCGGCUUGUGUUAUGCCAUUGAAUGCGGAAUAGAUGAAAGCCAAGGCAAGGCUGUCGUUAGAUUCGAUUGGUUUGGUUAUAUGAAAUGAUCGGUUUUAUCAAUGUUGUCUAGUUUGAUUAGAGUGGAUGGAUGUAUGCAAAUCAGAUUUAGCAUUUCGGAAGCAGAGAACAGUGGAGACCCCAAGACCACCGUUGGUUCCCUCAGAGAAGAACAAUGUCCUCACCACUGGCCGCCUUCGAACGAGAGAUGUUUCUUCUAGGUACAAGUCACCGUCUCCGUCUCCGUCGACGCCCUCUGGUCCCCGGCGUUGCCCGUCACCGAACCUCACGAGAACAGGACCCACAUCUUCUCAAUUGGUUCAGAAAAGGUCAAUUUCUGUGGAUAGAAGGCGGCCCUCAACACCCCCUUCACCCCCACGUCCGUCCACGCCGGUUCAGGAUUCAUCUGUAGAUGUGCAUUUAGCAUCCAGAAGGGUAGCCGGUGGUCGAAUGCCGGAGAGUUUAUGGCCUUCCACGAUGCGAAGUUUGAGUGUUUCCUUUCAGUCUGAUACAAUUUCUAUUCCCGUUAGUAAGAAGGAAAAACCAGCGACUAAUGCUUUGUCCGAACGGACUCUACGGUCCUCUUCUAAUGUGGUGCAUAAGCAGGUCGAAACGCCUAGUGCUGUGCGAAAGGCAACGCCAGAGAGAAAGCGAAGCCCGCUUAGAGGGAAAAAUGUGGCUGAUCAAUCGGAGAAUUCUAGACCAGUGGAUGGUUUGCAUAGCCGUUUGAUAGAUCAGCAUCGAUGGCCUAGUAGAAUAGGUGGAAAGGUGUCUACCAAUGCGCUUAAUAGAAGUGUGGAUCUUUCUGAUAGGACGGGUAGACCUCUUGCCACGCCUGUUCCGACAACCGGGUUGUCGUCAUUGAGGAGGGUCCCUUCAUCAGAUGGAAUGGGGAAACCUCUACAAAAAUCUUCUAGUGACACCGCAAGGCUGUUAUCACUUGAGGAUAGUGCCAGAGCAGGAUUCGGAGCAAAUUUAGUUGAUGAUAAUUCAUUGCAGGUAUCUGGAGCUCACAAGCUUGUUUCUACAAUUUUAUCAGAUAGAUUAGUUUCCGCAAACUCUGUGUUCAGAUCUCAGUCUUUGCCCUCUGUCGGGUCGAGACCACCCUCUCCUAGCAGGACCUCAAUGCUGUCAUCUUCUGUUUCAAGAGGUGUCAGUCCGUCUCGAACAAGACCGUCUACUCCACCUUCUAGAGGCGCUAGUCCAUCUCGGAUAAGGGCAUCAACCACGUCUAAUCAACCAGCCAAUUCAAAUUCUGUGCUUAGUUUUAUUGCGGAUUUUAGGAAGGGGAAGAAGGGAUCAAACUAUAUUGAAGAUGCUCAUCAGCUACGGCUGCUAUACAACAGAUACAUGCAAUGGAGAUUUGCUAAUGCCCGCUCACGGAGAGUUCUUUAUUUCCAGAAAGUAACAGCGGAGAGAACUCUAUUCAACGUCUGGAGCGCUACACUAAAUCUGUGGGAUUCAGUAAUCAGGAAAAGAAUCAAUCUUCAGCAGCUGAAGCUUGAGCUUAAACUGAAUUCAGUUUUGAAUGAUCAAAUGGGCUACCUUGAUGAGUGGGCUUUGCUUGAAAGAGAUCAUAUCACUUCUUUAUCUGGGGCUGUAGAAGAUUUGGAGGCGAGCACUCUUCGCCUUCCAGUUACCGGAGGUGCAAGGGCAGAUAUUGAUUCUUUGAAAGUAGCUAUCUGCUCAGCUGUUGAUGUGAUGCAGGCGAUGGCAUCAUCUAUUUGCAUUCUGCUUCCAAGGGCGGAGAGCAUAAACAGUUUGGUCUCAGAACUUGCUACCGUGGCAGCUCGAGAGAAAUCGAUGCUUGGCGAAUGCGAAGCACUAUUGGCUUCAACAGCAGCUAUGCAGGUGGAGGAAUGUAGCCUAAGGACACAUCUCAUACAAAGAAACGAAGAAUUGGGAAGUUUAAGAUAGCCAAUUUUGGCAUUCAAGACAUCUCCAUUAACUCUCACUAGCUGCGGCCAUUUGAACAGAGACAAAUUGGUGGUGUCUCUUCGGUUCUCUGUGAAUGUAUAUUGAGUUUGUGUCUGCUUUUUUUUUUUUUUUUCUUUUUUUAAUUGAUUUUUUUAUUUCUUCCCUGGAAUAUUGUCCUUUUUUAAUCAACCUUUUUUCUUCUUAACAAGCAAUGAGCUAAUAUAGCUUCAUGCUUUCCACGUGUAAUUUUUCCUCUUUUGUAUCACGCAAGUAAAACAAAAGAAAAAAAAACAAAAACAAAAACAAAAGCAGAAAACAAAAAUGCAAAGAAUGAACAAAAGAUUGAGAUUCAAUGUAGAUGUAAAGGUUCAGUAUAAAUGGAA